AUGGAGCGGGAGUGCGCGGCAGCCGGCGGCGGGGCGGCCCCGGCGCCGACCCCAGGACCGACGCCGGCGCGGGGCGAGGAGGGCGAGGGCUGCGCGGGUCUGUGGGAGCUUCCGGUGGAGCGCUGCGAGAGGCGGCCGGAGUGCGGGCGCUGCAGCCGUCCUCAGAAGGUGUGUUUAUGUCCAUUCCUGCCAAUACAUCCGCUAAAGGUCUCCACCUGCUUGUACAUAAUUCAGCAUCCAGCAGAGGCAAGUCGAGUAUUAAGGACGGUACCUUUGCUAGCAGCUUGUCUCCCUCCAGACAAAUGUAAAAUUUUGAUUGGUCGACGUUUUAGUGAAGACAGGUAUCCUGAAUUAGCAACUGUGUGCAGAAAUCCCAAUACUCUAAUUUUGUAUCCUGGAGCUGAAGCAACCAAUUUGGAAGAAGUUGCUGUGAUGUCUUCUAGUCCAUCUGUUAUGAUCAUCAUCGAUGGAACAUGGAGCCAGGCUAAAGAUAUAUUUUACAAAAAUUCUCUAUUCCGGCUUCCCAAGCAGGUGCAGUUAAGAACCAACGUUUCAAGUCAAUAUGUAAUUCGUACACAGCCAACAAACACCUGUCUGUCUACGCUUGAAUGUGCAGCUGUUGCUCUUACUGUCAUGGAAAAAAAUAAGAGUAUACAAGAGAUUAUACUCCGUCCACUUCAAGCUUUAUGCUCUUUCCAGAUUCAGCAUGGUGCCCAGAUCCAUCACAGCAAGGAGCAUCUUCUCAAAAAUGGCUUAUACGACAAGCCAAUGCCAAAGAAUAAGCGCAAACUCAGGAGAAUGGAGCUUUUGGUGAAUAAUGUUAAAAUAUAA